CCAAAACCAGAAAAUCCAAACUCCUUAAAAUUACGUUUGCCAAACGCAUUCUCUCUCUCACUCUGCAAAUUCAUCUUCUCUCUCUAUAUAUAGAUAUAUUAUAGCAUAGGGGGUGGGUGGUGAAGAUGGGACACAAGAGGGGAUCAUCGCCGGUGAACACGUUGUUUGCAUGGGUGAGGAGGCAGUCGAUGAAGGUGAAGGCCGUCAUGGCGGCGGCGGCGGCGCUGGCUGUGCUGGCGGUUCUUAAGCACUCCAUCAAGGAUCACAACCACUUCUUCGUCGCUUCGGAAGCUAUCCACUUCGCCGGCAUUUUGGUCUUGAUUUAUAAACUCAUCCGCAAGAAGAGUUGCUCUGGUCUCUCACUCAGGACUCAGGAGAUCACAGCUUUGUUUUUAGCUAUAAGAUUAUGCUGCAGCUUUUGUAUGGAAGCUGACAUACACACCGCGCUAGAUUUUGUCACGCUUUUGUCAACUCUGUGGGUUAUGUAUAUGAUAAGAUUUAAGCUGAAGUUUACAUACAUGGCUGAGUUGGAUAGCAUGCCCAUAUAUUAUAUUAUUGUCCCUGCUGCAAUCCUAGCUUUGUUUGUCCAUCCAUACACAGAUCAUAUACUGCCCCUGCCAAUAUUCUGGGCGUUUUGUGUAUUCUUGGAAUCUGUCUCAGUGCUGCCUCAGCUUCGCAUGAUGCAGAAGGCAAAGAUGAUUGAACCAUUUACAGCCCAUUAUGUAUUUGCAUUGGGCAUUGCAAGAUUUCUUGGGUGUGCUCACUGGUUCAUUCGGGUGUAUGAAACUCGGGGUGCAUAUCUGUAUUUGGCUGGAAGAGGAUAUUUCUGGAUACCAACAGUGUUUUUAUCAGAAAUGGUUCAGACAUUCAUUUUGGCAGACUUCUGUUAUUACUAUGUCAAAAGUGCUGUGAACGGUCAACUUCUCAUCACCCUUCAGUCACCAGUCUAAAACUGUAAUUUCUUCAUGUUAGCAACUGUAACAUUUGCUGGGGGGAUUUUAAGUUAUACAUGUAGUAGGUGUGCUAGUAUCAUACAAACAAUUGUUUGUAAACACCAAAUUAUACUAGUGCCUUCUUUUGAUGGAAUUGGUCCCCAUUUUUAUGAAUUGAUA